GAUCACAAUUUACAAAAUGAAAUAAAAAAGUAUUAUCCUUUGUCAUGUAUUAUAUAGUUAACAAGCCACUUGUUUAAAUGUCACAAGCUCGCUACUUCAGUGAACGUCUGUCUGUUUUAACACUUGGGAGAUAUUUCCUAUCCGGAUAUAUAAGGCUCGACAAGCCUACAGCUAUAAUAUUUAUCACAAGUAGGUCAGCUAGUGAUCCAACAUGUCUGGGGACGAGACAACCACUCGUCCAGAAAACUCGUACAGAUCGACCAACGACGACGAGAAUGUGCCGCCCCUGUCGUUUGCGGACCUGGGUAUACCGACCGGGCCCCAGCUGGAAACCACAGUUUUGGGAAAGUACAGAAAAAUUCAAGAUGUCGAACUGAAGGAGUUUGUGUUUCUAGGUGUUACGUGCGUUUCCUUGAUAGCCACUGCUAUCUUCACCAUCUACAAACUAGCCACGGUCAGCAAGUCCGAUACAGAUUUCACCUUUGCUCUUGUCCUUUUGCUGAACACAUUUUUCUGUUUGUACUAUAUCAUCCAUGGCAUCCUCAACGAAAGGCCUUACGAAAUCUUCAUCUUGGUGGUGGCCACGUUUUUCAUUUUACUCUACAUCAUCCUUAACUACGCCAUUGGAAAGAAGGGCACAGUCAAGCUAGUACGCCUUAUCGCGGCCUGUGUGCUGUGCCCAAUUAUAAUUGGACUUGGUGGAUGGAUUGGUAAAGAGUACCUGCUAUCUGGUCACCUCGUCUUCAGAAUUAUCGGCGCCAACUCCAAAUUCCAGACUAUGUGCAAGAUGAUAUUGCUGACUUUCGAUCUUCUCACACUUGAUUUGCAACUUGGAGCGAGUAUGGUGAUUCUUAUUCUCAGCACUGGCAUGAAAGUGGACACAAAGGACAUUGUCAUACUAAUAGUUGGAGGAAUAAUUACCAUCGCCUGGUUCGUGCUGGGCAUGUGGACGAUGCGAAAGGAGCACAAGAUUGGAACCUAUGUGUUUCUUGCUGCGAGUCCACUAGAAAUUGGUUACAUCAUCUACAAAGUCGUCAAGUCCAUCGAGAACAUUGCAGUUUCAGCCUCGUUGGCAUCUAGCACCAUCGCCUGUGGUGUUCUGGCACUUACUGUCAGAGUGGCAGUUAUAAUAUUUGCCGUGCUUGUUAUGAGGAACUAUAACAAGGGUUUAAAAGAAAAGGCUUUUGAAUAGAUUGAAUAACCAGAAAAUAAGUGAAUGGUUAUUGUGCUGCAAGAUGCAUCAAGACAGCUCGUGUAUUAUGUAUCAUAACUUAAUGACUGUGAUCUUCUGAGAACGUUCAUCACUGAUUGUGAUUCAAUUUACAUUUAUUGCAUUUAGAUUGAAACUCAAAAGAAGACUUCCUUGUGUUUAAGAAAUGUUAAAUUUAACUGCAAAAUGCAAUAUGUAGGACAAACCACCCAACCAUUCAGUACCCGACUCAGUAAUCAUAGGCACAACAUCCUGUAUAAUAAACAAUCUAAAGCACCCCAUGUGGCCCCUCAUUUCAAUAUAGCAGGACAUGAUUAUAAUUGCACUGUGUUACAAAAGAUUACUAAUCUUGAUAAAACUAAACUGAACAUUGCCGAAUCACUCUGGAUGCACCGCUUGAACACAAUGUGGCCUGACGGACUUAAUGAGUAUGACCCAAGCAGUCAUUGAAUCUUCUGUUGUUACUUUCCCCAGUCGGCGUAUCCUGUGAUGUUUUUAGUCUUUUAACUUGACAUUUUCAUUUGAACUGUUUUUAUUCAUCUGUUUUUAAUGCUGAACUCCUGGUUUUAUGUUUAGUUUGCUCCUGAGGAUGUCAGCAUUUAGCUGACGAAACGUUGAGCUUUCUAACUUGAGAUUUUUAAUUGUGGUUUUUAGACAGAGACUUUAUUUUAUCAUACAUUUAAGAGUCAAAUAGAUAAUUCAAAGCCUUAGUUUAUAUUUUUAAAGGUUUUAUGAGCAUGAACCCAGUUGUUUUAAACCUCAACAUACAUAUCUGGUUGUUUUAAUAACAAAUAUUUCAUCUUUGGUAUUCUGAAAUACAAAAGACAUACAACAGUCUUUUUGGGGUAUGAAAGAGUUACCGUUAAUACUCAUUUAUUUGUUUCUUAGAUGAAAUUACAGUUAUUAUAAUAAUAACUGGCACAAUUUUCAUCAAUGUGUUACGCAAACAAGAUAUAGUGAAAAUCCUAAAACCCAGACACUCCCUUUUUAAAUAUCACUACAGAAUAUAACCUCUGGGUAGGUACAAGACCACUACACGGAUUCCACACUAACGACUAGCAUCUAAAGCGGCGUUCUCGUGAUACGAUUAGUCGCACUGUGUGGGAAGACGUUACGUCAUAAGAUUUGAUGAAGUCAAGCAAAGCUCAUCAGUUUAAAAAUAUUUUGCUGGAAAUGUAAGUGUCUACAAAUUUCCACUGAAAUAAAGAAAACAUGAAUGUAGACAAUUUACUCAUGACAUUAUGUAACAAAACAAUUAUUGACUACAACUGGACAACAAUAGGUUUCAUGGACCCAUGAAAUCCGGACAUUUUGACAUGGUUAUAAGCAAGUGAAAAAAAACCCACGGAAGUGACAAAACUAAACGGUUGUACUUUAAUGUGAUUUGAUUUGCCGAGAGCUUACAAUUUGUCAUGAGAAAUAGGACAUGUUCUAAUCAGUAUGAUUCAGACACGACUUGUCGUAUAAGACUAAAAUCGUUUCGAUUUAGGUGUUCUCGCGGUACGAUUCCAUCGCAUGCGACAAAUCGGUACGACUAAUCGCAUCAUGAGAACGUACCUUAACCAAUAUCCAGUUGUUCUAGACGGCCUGCUCAGAUAGCUGAGGUACAUGUAUGUGCCCAAUAUAACAUGCUUGAACUUAUACAUGUAAAUAUAAGCAUGGCAGUUAAGUUAACAUGCAAUUAAAAUAUGCCUAGAAAAGUAUACAGUAUUUUAAGAGAUCAUAUUAUAUACAUGUAUGUAUUAGUAUUACUGAUACACCCGAUGUAGGUGAUUUUUACCUGGUCCAAAUCAAACUCCAAACAUUCAACAUGCCCAUAUGCACUAAAGAUUCAGACCAUUCAAUGGGCAGUAUACUUCAUAUAUCAAUCACUGUCUUUCAAGUUUAUAACAUGAGGUUGGUUAAAAAAAAAAAGUUUGUUUUCUUUAACAACACCACUAGAGCACAUUGAUUUAUUAAUUAUCGGCUAUUGGAUGUCAAACAUUUGGUAAAUUUUACAUAUAGUCUUAGAGAGAAAACCUGCUACAUUUUCCCAUUAGUAGCAAGGGAUAAUAUGCAUCAUACCACAAACAGGAUAGCACAUACCACAGCCUUUGGUGAGGUUGUUAAUGCUCAAAGACAUAAUCAGUUUGUGACAGUUACAAGUUGGUCAGCAAAAAACCCUAAACAUAUUGUAGUGGAAGAUUGUAAAAUUGGUACAAAAAGUUGCUCAAAUAACUUGUUGUAAAGCCACUCAUGAAUAUAAUUUUUAAAAAGUCUAUGAAAGAUUUAAUAUGCCCACCACAUGCAUGUACAUUGUGACAAAAUGUUUAUAUAUAAAAUGUAAAAUUAUUAUUUUGAUUCUUCUUUGCAUAUAAAGUUUUUUACAUGUAACAGUGUUUCUUAUUUACGUUUUUAAUAAAAAAUAAAAACAUGACAAAAACUAAA